CGACAAUUCACGAGGCACACACCUCGUUAGCAGUCAACAUGGCGACCGCACCGGCCGAGUCGGCCGAGGAUGGCAUGCCGCGACGUAGUAGUUCAUCAGAGGGGAGCGAGGAAGAGUACAAAGCGCUCGACUCGCCAUCGAGCGUGCAUCUCCACGACGACCUCGGCUUCCGGCUGCCAGGUGCGCCACUGGUGCGUGUCGUCAAUGUGGAACGAGUCGAUUCCCUAAUGUACACGUACAACAUGUUUGUCAUCGAGCUGUCGCUUCCAGACAACCAGACGUGGCGCAUCCGCACAACGACCCCACGGCUCUUUAGCCUCCACUUCUUCCUGCAGCGCGCGCUGCGCUUCCGCCACGUGUUUGAGUUUCCGUCGUCGUUGCUUGCUCACCACACGUCGAGCGUGGUCCCGCACGACGUGGUGACGUUGGUCGAAUCGUUCCUAACGGAUGUCCUCUCGCACAAGUCGCUAUGGCGGCAUCCCCGCGUGCUAGCGUUCGUCGAGUACAGCGCCCUCCGCUUCGACCCGCUGGCGGGAGAUAGUCUUGUCGAGGGAUGGGUCAAGAUGCGGUACGUCCCGUCGCGGAAAGGCACGCUGCACGGCCGCCACAGCUUCAUCGGGUUCCACUUCACCAAGGACAACCUCAUGCGCGUGGCUGAGAUCGCCGUCGUCGUCUCUCUAUGUGUGAUCAUCCCGUUUGGUGUGUUUUACUCGUUUGUCGCGGCCAGCUCGGCCGACUCAGUCUCCGAGCUUCACACAGGCUACAUGGUUGCCGCGUCCAUCUUGAGUGCGAUCCCUGGCUUGUACUUUGUGGCUAUGAUGUACCAGUACCUGCUGCGCCAUCGCCGGUGGAUGGUCGUGAAGCCAUCGUCCAUUGCGUUCUUCGACACGGUGCGAUCCACGGCGCCGACACAUGUCGUGUUAUUUCAACCGCACAUUGCCAUCAGCAAAAGCACGCUGCUUAAGCACGGCUUGCAUUGGAUGAUGGAUGGACUGCAUGUGACGACCCCAGCAGCAAUCGUUGAAAUCGAUUUCAAGCACAAGGGCCAGUGCCAGCACUUUCACGAGAUGCUCACCAAAGCAAUGGACGCCUGCGAUUACACCACAUUUCACCAGCACACGUCGUUUGCUCCUAUGCGACCUGCUGUCGAUACCCACACAACAAAUGUGGCGCAGCAUUUGGUCGACGGAGAAGAAACGUUUGCCGUCAUGUUCGAGCACCUCGGCCGCGCUACCCGCCAGAUUUUCAUCACGGGCUGGUGGAUCUCUCCACAUUAUGCGCUCGUGCGGACUUCCGCCCAAGCGCGCCUCGACUCGGAACUCUACACCGUGCUGCGUGCGGCGGCGGCGCGAGGUGUCCAAGUGUUUGUGUUGGUGUACCGGGAACACCACCUCGUACUUCCAAACGACAGCAAGUUCGCCAAAGAGUCGCUGCAAGGCGCCAAUAUUCACGUGCUGCGCCAUCCCGACUUUGUCGUACUCCCUCAAUUCUGGUCCCACCACGAGAAGAUUGUGUGCAUCGACCAGACUGUGGCGUUUGUGGGCGGGUUGGAUAUUGCGCUCGGCCGGUUUGACGCCCCGGCGCAUUUGUUGACCGACAUUGGCGCGAUGCCGACGUGGACGGGACAGGACUACUCGAACCCGCGCCUCAAAGACUUUGUGGAUGUGCAGCACAUCCACGAGCCACUGAUUGAUAGAGCAACGGUGCCCCGGAUGCCCUGGCACGACAUUCAUUGCCGGUUGGAAGGCCCAAUAGCGCUAGACAUUGCACGGCAUUUCAUCCACCGAUGGAACUUUACGGUUCAAAAGAAGUACACAGUCCUCGUGAACCGGACUCGGCAGCGCCGCCGCCGGUCGGAAAUCCCUGCGAUUUUGCCCUACACCCACCAGCCACGUACGACGAGUGAGGGGGGGGGGGAUGUCGUGCACUGCCAGGUCGUGCGGAGCCUGAGUCCGUGGUCUGGGGGUGUCAAAACCGAAAAGAGCAUCCAGCAAGCGUACAUGGACACGAUCGCCGCCGCCAAGCACUUUAUUUACAUUGAGAACCAAUUCUUUGUGUCGGGGUUCGACCUGGAUGCGUCGGUGGCGAAUCGGGUGGUGGAAGCGCUGUACGCUCGCAUUGCCGACGCCCAUGCCAAGCAAGAAACGUUUCGCGUCAUGUUCAUUAUGCCCUUGUUGCCAUGCUUUGAGGGCGCCGUGACUGGGGCCGACUCGGCCAACUUGCGCGCGGUCAUGCAUUGGCAGUACAUGACCAUGUGUCGAGGUGGAAAUUCGCUGCUCGAACGAGUGGCGAGGCUGGUUCCGGACCCGAGUGCGUACGUGGCGUUCUUUGGUCUGCGGCAGCAUGCGAUUUUGAAUGGCCACGUGGUCACAGAGCAAAUCUACAUCCACAGCAAGCUCAUGAUCGUCGACGACAAGGUGGCCAUCAUUGGCUCGGCCAACUUGAACGACCGGAGCUUGUGCGGUGACCGCGACUCUGAAAUCGCCGUCGUGAUUGAGGACAGUACGAUGGAAAUGGGGGCGUUUGCUGAGACCCCUACGACUGUCGGGCGAUUUGGCCAUCACUUGCGCCGUCGAUUGUUUCAAGAGCACCUGGGGAUGGACUUGGUGGAUCCGACCAGCGACGCCAGUUGGCACCAGAUCCGACGGCUCGCGCACACCAACACGGACAUUUACGAGCGCGUGUUCCAGUGCUUUCCCACGGACAAGUUUCCUUCGUACUUUCACGCCGUGCCCGAGGCACACCUCCACGAAGACAUUCGCGUCGUGUACGAGAACCAGCGGUACGCGUGGGGGUCUGGGUGGUCGUCCGAGCAUUUGGUGUUUGGAGAGCGGACUGAAUGGAGCGAUGCGUUUGGCCUGCCGUUCGACUCGUUUACGCCGUCGUCGUCGUGGGAGGUGGACAUGUCGGACGCAUCUUGCGAUGACCAAGGCUGGCAGUAUGCGUUUUCAUUCAAGUCGUUUCAAAAGGACAAGGGCGCCCAGCGAGCGGUGCCGCUCUGGUAUCGCUGGGUGCGCCGCCGUCGAUGGAUUCUACUCGACACUAGUAGGGACGCAGACAGGCACGAAGAGGCGACCGUGGACCUGCGGCAGUUCCUUCGACGAUCGAGCUCCCGCAUGAUGUCGACGCGCAACCUCAACACGUCGGCGCCACUGCAGCAGGGAGGCGGGUGGGUCCCCCCCGAAGUGGAAGAGCUGAGUCACGUCCAAGGCCAGUUGGUCGAGUUUCCGCUCCAAUUCCUUCGCGACUGCGACCUGCGCCCGUUGAUUUUGCCCAAGAAUAUCUUCAUCUAGCCGUGUAUAUAGUGUAUACUCUCGCCAUAACAUCGGACGUACAUAUUAACUAUGAGAUAGAUAUAUUGGAUGAGGGGGAA